CCCGCGCGGGUGCAGCUUCCUCUCGCAGGCCGGCGGGCACGCACCCCUCGGCUCUGGGGCGCACCUGGCCACCCUCGGCCCUGCUCUGCCGGAGGUGGAGGCCACGGCCCUGUCCCGAGCCGGGUGCGGAGAUGCGUGGCUCGAGCCCGAGCCGCGUUCUCCCGGAGCCCUCCCCGUGGUGUCGGCGAUCCGGGGCCUAGCGCGGCGUCCGGGCUGCCGGUGCGGCCACACGGUUUAAACACAGCGCCCUUUCCGAGGCAGCGCCACUUCCACACCUCUCGCCGAGGCGGGUCUGGUGUGGGCUCUUCUGUGCCUCCCAGUUUUCAGCAGGGCUUCAGGCUCGUUUUAACGCUGCCAGGGGUUGGCCACGUUAGGCUGAGCCUCAGACUCGGAGCAGAGAGGAAGAAGCCUGGGCCCUGAUUCUGCAGACUCAGGGCCUUCCUCGACUUCUCUUCUUACCUGGCCCCCACGCUCCACGUUUGAGGCUGGGGAUUCCAUGGCACCUGUGAGCAUUGAGGCUUGGCGGUUUCUCGGAGCCACCUGUGCAGCUGCACCAGCCAGGGUCCUUACCCGGAUGGGAGCCCUGUUCCCGUCACCAGCGGCUGCAGCUUCUGGUGGGAGAGAGGAGCCGAGGCAGUGUCAGGCGGCGUCAGACCAAAUACACGCUGAUCGAUGAGCAGGACAUCCCGCUGGUGGAGAGCUACUCCUUUGAGGCCCGAAUGGAAGUGGAUGCCGAUGGAAAUGGUGCUAAGAUAUUUGCCUAUGCCUUUGACAAGAACCGAGGAAGGGGCUCGGGGAGACUCCUUCAUGAGCUACUGUGGGAGCGGCACCGGGGGGGCGUGGCCCCGGGCUUCCAGGUGGUGCACCUCAACGCUGUGACCGUGGACAAUCGCCUGGACAACCUGCAACUGGUGCCAUGGGGCUGGCGGCCCAAGGCUGAAGAGACCUCCAGCAAACAGAGGGAGCAAAGCUUGUAUUGGCUUGCAAUUCAGCAGCUGCCUACAGACCCUAUAGAAGAACAGUUUCCUGUCCUAAAUGUGACCCGGUACUAUAAUGCCAACGGGGAUGUAGUGGAAGAGGAGGAGAAUUCUUGCACCUACUACGAGUGCCACUACCCUCCCUGCACGGUGAUUGAGAAGCAGCUACGGGAAUUCAACAUCUGUGGGCGCUGCCAGGUGGCCCGGUACUGCGGCUCCCAGUGCCAGCAGAAGGACUGGCCAGCCCACAAGAAGCACUGUCGGGAGAGGAAGCGUCCCUUCCAGCAUGAGCUUGAGCCAGAGCGAUGACGGGCAGGGGAGCCGCACAUACUCACAGCCCCCGGGCUCUACCCUGGGCACAGCAGAGACAGACUGGUGGUUGAACCUGGAGGUGCCAAAAAAGCCAGCUGCGGGCCCAGGACAGCUGCCGUGAGACUCCUGAUGUCACAGGCAGUCUGUGUGGUUACAGCGCCCCUCAGUGUUCAUCUCCAGCAGAGACAACGGAGGAGGCUCCCACCAGGACGGUUCUCAUUAUUUAUAUGUUAAUAUGUUUGUAAACUCAUGUACAGUUUUUUUUGGGGGGAGGCAAUGGGAAGGGUAGAAAUUACAAAUAGAAUCAUUUGCUGUAAUCCUCAAAUGGCAAACGGUCAGGCCACAUGACUAAAAACUUGUCCUGUAGCCGAAGUUUCUCCUCUGGGCCGCGGGAGCCCCGUGGAGCGCGGCCUGCACGGGAGUUGUGUCCACAAAGGCAAAGUAAAGGGGUGGAAUCA